AUGGCCGCCCCCUUGAACGAAGAGAUUCAGCGGCUGUCGUUCUAUAACAUUCGCCCUGUAAUAUUACAUGGCUACAUUUUCCCGUUUCUGUUAAUUGUGGCCGCCUGGGCUUACACUUGGACAUCAGUGUAUGGCGUUGAAGAACAUUUUGAAGGGGGCUUAAUUGCUCUAGCAGCUAUCGGAUUGUUGCAGAUUCUGACGGCGUUGUUUUGUUUGUGGUCGGUACACGUCAGAUGCGCGUUGACCUGUUCACGGGUCAGCGAUCCAUUCAAAGCACAGUGGGUGAAAGUUGUACCAACUCCCAACAAUGGCUUCACAGAGUUGGUCAAACUCCAUCAUAAACGAGAGCCUGGUGAUGACCCAUUGUGGUUUAUCUUCCAAAAAACCAAGUAUUUAUAUGAUGCAGAACGCAAGCAGUUUGUUUCGGUAUCAUUUCCCAUCGACCAGUCAAUUCAGUUCUACAUGGACUGUAAAGGUUAUCAGGAGGAUGAAGAAGUUGCAGCUGCUGAGAAGAAAUUCGGCAAGAACUCAAUGGUCAUGGACAUCCCCAAAUUUGUGGAACUUUUCAAAGAACGAGCAACUGCUCCGUUUUUUGUUUUUCAGGUUUUCUGUGUGGGGUUAUGGUGUCUAGAUGAGUACUGGUACUACUCUGUGUUUACCCUGAUCAUGCUGAUAGCAUUUGAGGCCACACUUGUUCAGCAACAGUUGCGGAACAUGGCAGAGAUCAGGAAAAUGGGCAACAGACCCUACCUCAUACAGGUUUACCGAAACAGGAAGUGGCUGAAAAUAAUGACAGAUGAGCUUCUUCCUGGAGAUAUUGUAUCCAUAGUGAGAUCACAGGAUGAGAAGAUAGUUCCCUGUGACAUGCUGCUGCUGAGAGGACCUUGUAUAGUGGAUGAGUCUAUGUUGACUGGAGAGUCAGUUCCUGUCAUGAAGGAACCAGUGGAAAAUUUAGAGCCGAGUCAUUUUCUGGACUUGGAGCAAGAUGGCAAGCUGCACAUUUUGUUUGGUGGGACUAAAGUUGUUCAGCACACACCUCCGAGUAAAUCUGGCCCUGGGUUAAAAGCUAGUGAUAAUGGUUGUAUAGCCUACGUCCUGCGGAACGGCUUCAAUACAUCUCAAGGAAAACUACUGCGGACAAUUUUGUUUGGGGUCAAGCGGGUAACGGCAAAUAAUUUGGAGACGUUUUUCUUCAUCAUGUUUCUCCUGGUGUUUGCAAUCAUUGCUGCUGCAUAUGUCUGGAUUAAAGGCACUGAGGACCCAGGCAGAAACCGCUACAAGUUGUUCCUAGAGUGUACCCUGAUCCUGACGUCGGUUGUGCCACCAGAGUUGCCAAUAGAACUGUCACUGGCUGUCAACACUUCUCUGUUGGCUCUGACUAAGUUGUAUGUGUACUGCACAGAGCCGUUCAGAAUCCCAUUCGCUGGCAAAAUUGACAUCUGCUGCUUUGACAAAACUGGGACUCUGACGAGUGAUGAUCUGGUGGUCGAAGGGGUUGUGGCGCUGAGUGGAUCAGACAUAAUCCCUGCCCAUGAAGCACCUCUAGAAACAACCCAGGUGCUAGCCACCUGCCAUGCAUUGGUGCACCUGGAUGAAGAGCUGGUGGGAGAUCCACUUGAGAAAGCCACCCUGAAAGCUAUAGAGUGGAGUUUAACUAAAGGAGAGACGGUUGUUCCACAAAAGAAAAAGACUCAUGGUUUGAAGAUUUAUCACCGGUUCCACUUCCAGAGCUCUCUGAAGAGAAUGUCAGUCAUAUUUGGUCACACGGCGCCUGGUAGCACAGACAUUCAGUACAGUGCUGCCGUCAAAGGAGCUCCGGAGACUCUCAAGUCCAUGUACCAGAGCCUGCCUGCGGACUAUGAUGAAGUCUAUCUGAAGAUGGCUAGAAGGGGCGCAAGAGUGUUAGCUCUGGGUUACAAGAGGCUGGGAACAAUGUCUCAUCAACAGUUGAGGGACAUGACCCGGGAACAGGUGGAGAGAGAUCUGGUGUUUGCUGGCUUUGUGAUUAUCUCAUGCCCUCUCAAGUCGGACUCCAAAGCUGCUAUUAAAGAGAUUAUCAAUGCAUCUCACCAUGUUGCUAUGAUCACCGGAGAUAACCCCCUGACCGCUUGCCAUGUGGCCAAGGAGCUCAAGAUGACCAGGAAGGAGGCAACUGUCAUCUUACAGCCUCGCAAUGAGUUCUCGGAAGAUUGGCAUUGGCAGUCAAUAGAUGACACAUUCAUUAUAAAGUUGAAGCCGGACAAUCCUAAGAGGGACUUGCUUUUGGUGUAUGAUCUGUGUUUGACUGGUGAGGCAAUAGCAUACCUACAGGGGCAGAACAAGAGAUAUUUCCAUCUCCUCCUGGCCAACACAAAAGUAUUUGCCAGAGUGGCUCCCAAACAGAAGGAGCUUAUCAUCACCACACUCAAGUCUCAGGGCUAUGUAACAUUGAUGUGUGGAGAUGGCACCAAUGAUGUCGGGGCUUUGAAACAUGCUGAUGUUGGUGUUGCUCUUCUAGCUAAUGCUCCAGAAAAGUUACCAGACAAGAAAAAGAAAGAAGAAAUUGAUGGAGACACAGGUAGUUCAGUGGACAGAACACCACCAGGGGCAAACCCACGUGGACCCCCAGGCAGGCUAACCAGCCGCGUGGCAAAACAGCGAGCAGUCACUAGAGGGGAGAAUCUUUCAGCAAAUCAGAGGAAACUGCAGGCUGUGCUGAAGGAAAUAGAAGAGGAGGAGAAAGCCCAAGUUAUAAAAUUAGGGGAUGCCAGCAUUGCGUCACCAUUCACUUCAAAAUUGUCUACUGUCAUGAGUGUGUGCAACAUAAUCAAACAAGGCAGGUGUACUCUGGUCACAACCCUGCAGAUGUUUAAGAUCCUGGCACUCAACGCCUUGGUGCUCGCCUACAGCCAGAGUGUUCUCUACUUGGAUGGCAUCAAGGAACUGCUCCUGGCUGGAUGUUUCUUGUUCAUAUCUAGAUCUAAAGUAAGUGCUACCAUGCAGGGACUGCUCCUGGCUGUGUGUUUCUUGUUCAUAUCUAGAUCUAAACCGCUGAAGUCGCUGUCCAAAGAACGGCCAUUACCAAAUAUUUUCAAUGUCUACACCGUUCUGACAGUGUUCCUUCAGUUCUGUGUGCAUUUUACCAGUCUGCUGUACCUCGUGCGGGAGGCCAAGUCUAGGAUGCCGAAAAGGGAGGAGGGACAGUUUGUGGACCUGGAGAAGUCCUUUGAACCCAGCAUAUUGAACACAACUGUCUACAUUAUUUCCAUGUCUCUCCAAGUCUCCACAUUUGCUGUCAACUACAAGGGAGAGCCAUUCAUGGAGAGAUUGCGAGACAACAAACCUCUGGUCUACAGUUUAAUCUUCUCUACAUGUGCCAUCCUAACACUGGCCAGCGGCCUCAUUCCAGAGUUGCAGCAGCAGUUUGAACUUGUGGAGCUUCCCACGGAGUUCCGCAACACAGUCCUGGGUGUGGUGAUUGCGGACAUCGGGCUGGUGUUUCUCAUCGAUCGCACUGUGCAGUUUCUUCUGGGUGGUGGCAGGUUGAAGCCCACCUGUUGA